GUGCUUACCUUACACAGUUCGUUACCUUGCUCAGCCUGGCACUCUCCGCAGAUGGACUUCCGAGUACGAGGCCGCCCUUCAUAGCAGGGACCAGAGCCUUAACUAGAAGGGCCAGGCAACCGCUUCUGCGCCAACGAUGCUUCUCUCUUUGACGAAACAACACUGCAGCCACAGUCCCACCGAAUCUGUUUUCUCCAUGUCUGGAGCCUUCCCCUCUUGUCCGGCGCGUCAUGUCCGUUGUUCCCCGGAUCUCCACACCCCGCAAGCCGGCAGCACACAGAUCGGGCAGUGCCAAUUUGCCAACCCAGCAUUCUGUCGCUCACCCGAUUGGCACUCUUCGUCAGUUAACCCUAGCAUUGACUAAUGUGUAUGUGUUCCUUGCACCACAAGGGUCACAUCUCGCGGGUGACGCGAUAUCAGGCCGAUCAACCGAGAUGCAAGUAAAGGCUAUCCUGGUGCCUCAAACAAGUCAGGGCAUUGCUCCCUUGUCUGUACACUUGUACAUGCCACCGUACAUGCCACCCCAAUCAAUUCCUGACCGGUACAAAGUAACUCACGUCUAUUUUUGUCGCGGCACAUCAAUUCCAUGGAUCGAGUUAAUGCUCCGGCAUUCGACGUCAUGGGGAGGUCACUUCAGCAUUCCAGUCCAGGUCUUGCACAGUGCGAGCCUGGAUCUAGCUCGCCAAUAUCCCACCGACAGAAUGAAGAUCCAUAACAGUGCAGCAUACGAUCUGCUGAGUGAAACCGCCAUGGCAUUGUUUCGGAGCCCGUCAUCCGAAUUUUGUUUUCGGCUUGUUCCUAAUUCCGAGCGCUCCGCGGGAAGCAGAGGCGCACCGUUGGUGUGGUGCCGAGGCCGCGUACAGCAGUUCACGUCGAGCACUUUUGGCGGUAGCCGUCCCAGUUCAUCCCUCAGAAGCUCAUGAUGCUUCUCUUGACUGCAGCUCUCUACCACUUCGAGGAUGGGCAAGAGACACAAACAUUCGGCCGGCGCCAAGACAAGGCUGAAGCCUUGGAUACCCCGCAGCCUGACCAAUCAAUCUGUGUACAUUCGUACACCUCCUGGGGUUUAAAAGGUUAGCGCGAUACUUGUCCCAGUCAGUUUCCCAAAGAAGCAGCCAUUACG